GUUUCAUACUCUUUUGUUAGCCAUGCCUAGCCUGCUGGUUCUAGCAGGGAUCAUGGAAAAAAACGGGGGCUACGGCGGGGCUCUGGCCGGCUCCGGGUUCGGGACAGAGGGGCUCCUGGCGCCGCCAGACGAGGAGGAGGAGGACUCCCGUGCCCUGAGGGUCGCGCUGGGCCAGCUGUCCCUCCUGGGGCUCGGGGAAGCCGAGGACGGUGGUGGAGGAGGAGGUGGAGGUGGCAAUUCUGGCAAUGGGGCACAAGAUCGGAGUAACAACAAUGCCCAUCAGCACCCCAGUGGCGGAGGCGGUGGCGGGGACACGGUGCUCCUGCAGGGGAAGAACAAGUUGUGUGUCCUGUACGAAGGGGCAAGUGAGUCCAAGGGACGGGGUUGCAACAUUACCGAGUGUGUCCCGGUGCCCAGUUCGGAGCAUGUGGCCGAAAUAGUCGGCAGACAAGGAUGCAAGAUCAAAGCCUUACGAGCGAAGACCAACACAUAUAUCAAGACACCAGUACGAGGGGAAGAACCAGUGUUUCUUAUCACAGGCAGAAAGGAAGAUGUAGCCCUUGCCAGACGGGAGAUUAUCUCGGCAGCAGAGCACUUUUCCAUGCUCAGAGCAUCACGCAAUAAGUUGGGAGUCACCUUCACAGGUUCCCCUCCCAGCAUGCCAGGCCAAACCACUAUCCAGGUCAGGGUACCUUACCGGGUGGUAGGGUUAGUAGUUGGCCCUAAAGGCUCCACUAUCAAACGCAUACAACAACAAACCUGCACUUACAUUGUUACCCCUAGUCGAGAUCGAGACCCUGUGUUUGAAAUCACUGGGUCCCCAGGGAAUGCUGAACGUGCCCGUGAGGAAAUCGAAGCCCACAUUGCCUUCCGUACUGGGGGUCUCCACGACUUAAACAAUGAAAAUGACUGUCUCCUUGGUCAAACGGCAGAAUCUGGAAUGCUUGAAAACCGUCUUCAUCAAGUUUGGGGCCUACAGGGCACUAGGAAGCCACUUUCCAGCAGCUACCGGCAGAACAGCAGCCUUGAAGACCCCCUGAGUGCUAUAUAUGGGAAGACCAUUGGGGAUCAUCAUGAUUUUGGAAACGAGAAGCCCUGUUCCUAUUUUACUUCCACAGCUGACAGUGUGGGCACACAUUGCUGGGGUGAUCCAGAGUAUGGUAAGCCAGUAGCUUUCUAUGCCCAACAGCGAUCCAAAAGUUUUGGUGGCCUUUCAUUACCCCUGGCCAGGUUGUCACCAAGCCUGCAGGAUCCAUCCUCAACUUCAGCCCUGGGUCAUUCUCAAGCCAGACGGGCACACAGUGAGCCUAUUUCAGCUUCCGUUUUUCCAAGUCGAAUCAGCUUGGGUCAAGGCCUGGCAGCGCCAGAUUCUUCUCCCAGCACCCGAGACUGCAUGACCUGUUUUGAGAGCAAGGUGACCGCUGCCCUAGUGCCAUGUGGGCACAACCUCUUCUGCAUGGAGUGUGCCAUCCGGAUCUGCGAAGUUGCCCAUCCUGAGUGUCCGGUCUGCCAUACGCUGGUGACGCAAGCCAUUAGAAUAUUUUCCUAAAAUAUCAAAGAAAUUCAAUAUUUGUUUGUAUUUUCUUUUUUUUUUCCAAGUUAUUUUAGAUUUAUUAUUGGUAUAAUUAUUUUAAUAAUUUUUUUAAAGAAAAAAUGAUUUUUGGGCCUUUGGUUGAGCCAAUCUAUUGACUCUUUAAAAGCAUAUUUUUCCAUUUCUUUUUAUAUUUUAUAAAGAUUUUUUUUAAAGAGAAGAAUUA